UCAGUCCUGAUCCCUCUCGCAUCCCAGCUCCCCCAGCAUGAAGCGGGGGUGGGGGGGUGGUGUAGGAGAUCAGCCAGGGAGCCGGUUGCCAGGCGACAGUUGCCUAAGCAACCCCAUCCUCUCCAUCUCCAUGUGCUCAGGGCUGCUCCAUAGAAGACUUUAGAGUCUCACCCUGUGCACCAGGCAGCCUGAGGGUGGGGAGGGUUGAGGCCUGGCCUGGAGAGGCAGUCCUGCUUGGAGGGUCGGUGGUGUCCAGAUGUCCUAGUUCAGGGGCGGAGUGAGGGGAUGCGGGUCCUGCAGUGGGACUGACUGGAGCGAGACCACAAGAAGGACUUCUCGGGGUUGCAACAGGGAAACGGUCCCUUCUCGGAGCAGACCUUUCCCAAGCUGCUCCUUACAGGGGGUGGAGUGGCGAAGAGGGCGGGUGUGGGUCCUGCCCUCCGGAAGCUCCAGCUCCUUGGGGAGCGGGGCAUCGAGUAGAGGCGCGGAGUUGUAACUAGCAUACGGUGGUGGUAAGUGCUAGAAGGGGAGAGGACAGGGUACCCUGAGAACCAAGGGAACGAGGUCAGACUGCAGGAAUGACUUUGCGGGGGCCACAAGAGCGCAGAGAGGGUUCUCUCCCCACUUGGAGGAAGAGAUAGAACUGGCCCAAGGCCAAUAGAGGCCACAUCUCAGCAAGAAUUUGCUUCUGCACAAAAGGCAGUGAGAGGGAGGUAGGAAACGGGGUGAUGGGGGGAAGGUGGAUGCUCUGAGCAGGGAAGUGCAGCAGUGACGGCCUUAGCCAGUCCCCACCGGCCUUAGCCAGUCCCCACCGGGCUUAUCAAGGCCGGCCAUAGAAUCUCAGUGAAAAAGGCCUCUCUGUAGCCCCCUUGUCCUCCGCAUGCCCUCUCCACCCUCCUUGCGAGCCCAGACCACCAUGGCUCUGAAAAACAGCUUUGGGGUUGCCCUGGGAAGCGGGGGGCUGAAGUCCUUGGGCUGGGGCCUUCCAAGUGGGCCUUUGGCAGAGAUGGGGGCCAUAGGCAAGGAAUGGGGUGGCUGCCGGGCCACUCGGGGCUGCCUGGGCUGGUGUUCUCCCAGGGUGUGUGUGAAGGGGGACAGUAGGAGGCCCGGGGGACAGUAGGAGGCCCAGGGCCCAUGGAGCACCUUGAGGACAAGGAAGAGAGGAAGAGGUUCUGGAACCCCGCUCUGGGGAGAGAGGGGGGUGGAGGGUCCCUCUAGUUGUGAGGGAGUGGCGUUGUUUCCUGAAGAUCUCGGGACAGCAGAAAGUCGCUUUCCAGCUGGGCUAGGGAGAGCCUGAGGGACAGUUCUGGUAUCCGGAAGGGGUGGAAAGGGGUAUUCCUGGCUCCUCCCAAGUCCACAGAUUUCCUGCCUCCCCUCUCCCCUGCCCUUCAUGGCCAAGAUGCCAGGGCUGAACUUGAACAUCUACGGUGGUACCUUGGGGGCCGUGGUUGAGGGUGGCUGGAAAGGCUCCAGGAAGACUCAGCAGCCCCUGGAAGUGGGGGCUGCGGAGGGGAUUCCAAAUGACAGGUGGGGGACAGUGAGAGCCCACUUCCCUGGACUCUGCAGUAGGGUCUCUGCCUAGAGCUCUGUGGAAGGGGGUCCCUGAAGGGGCGGGCUGGACUUCUGUGGACAAGGCUCUCCCCUGACCCAGAGUGGCUUCAGAAAACAUGGGCCUCUUGCUUGCUGCCCCCCCUCCCCAUUCUCCCAGAAGGCUCCAGCUCUGAUUCUCCUGGAUUCACAGAGCCGAAGGGGCCCUGGGGUCGUCAUGUGCCGCCAUCCCACUCCGGGUGCUUCCAGUCCCCUAGGGCUCACCCAGCCUGUUUGGGCACUGCCCACACCGGAGCACGGGCAUUUCCUGGGUCAGGCUGGGCUUCCAUCCCCAUGCGCCCUCCCAUCCUGGACUCGUAUGGUGCGGGGGCUGUUUCCCGUCCUGGCUGCGGAAUCGGAGCCCUUCACCCGUGGGCCACGGCUAGUUUAUAGGUGCAUGAGAUGGGGAAGCCUGUGCCUGGCUGCCAGCAGCGUCCUCGGUGCACGCCAGUGGCUCUGUGCUCGCUCUGUGCUUCAAGGUGAACAAGGUUGGGAAGCGCUGCCCGGAUGGAAAUCGGGUCCUAGACACAGCGCGGUCCGCCGGGGCAGGAGUCAGCAGAGCGUGACUUCUGGGCUGCAUCUGCCCCCGUGCCUGUUGUUAUGGAUCUGGUUGUAGCGGAGCUCUGCCACUCUUCUCUGUUCACCUGUUGUCGCCAGUGGCCGUCAAGUAGUUGUCCAGAGCCGAAUGGCCCGCAAGGCCCAAAAUAGUCAUCGACCCCCUUACAAAAAAGUUUGCGGACUCCGCUCUGCAGGGGUGGUGUGUUUAUUUAUUUAUUUUAAGCAGCAGGAUUGUCUCUUCAAGCAAAACUUUUAGGUGGAGGCCCACUGAGUGAAACGGCUGUGGAGCAGCCCUGGGGGAGGCAGAGGGGGGCUCUGCAGCCCCAGCCCCACUCUGGGCCCCCAGCUCAAGGCUUCCAUGAGGCAGGUGUGAGGACCAGGCUGUAGCCUGCUCUGUGUUCCUGAGCCAGGGCCACCAGUGCAUGACCAUCCUGGCACCAGGUACCCCGUGGUAGCCGUACGCAGCCUCGGCAGGUGCUCUCCGCACGGGGCGCCAGGACCGGAAGUACCAUCCUAGGCCAGAGGGGCAGCUGGUGGACCCAGAUUUCUCUACUCCAGGAGGGUCCUGGGGAGAGGAAAAGGUGUGGGGCAUUCUCCAGGACCCAAACCCUUGGAAGCUGGCUCUGUGUGAUCCAGAACCCAAGAGUGGCAGAGUUCGUGUGGAAAGAGCCUGGACCAGAACCUGGGCCCUGGGUGACGUUGUGCAGAAGGUGUCCUGCAGACCAUGAACUGAGCCCUGGUCCCAGGCCGUUCAUGAGCACAGUGUAAGGUGUGCCGAGACCCGCCACGCAGCGAUCCCCUCCCCUCCCUAACACUGAGGAUCCCCGGAGAAAAUGGGGAGGAAAAAGAUUCAGAUCCAGCGAAUCACUGAUGAGCGGAACCGACAGGUGACAUUCACGAAGCGCAAGUUUGGGCUGAUGAAGAAGGCGUAUGAGCUGAGCGUGCUCUGUGACUGCGAGAUUGCGCUCAUCAUCUUCAACCACUCCAACAAGCUGUUCCAGUACGCCAGCACCGACAUGGACAAGGUCCUGCUCAAGUACACGGAGUACAACGAGCCGCACGAGAGCCGCACCAACGCCGACAUCAUCGAGACCCUGAGGAAGAAGGGCUUCAACGGCUGUGACAGCCCGGAGCCCGACGGGGAGGACUCGCUGGAGCAGAGCCCCCUGCUGGAGGACAAGUACCGGCGCGCCAGUGAGGAGCUGGACGGGCUCUUCCGGCGCUACGGGUCAGCUGUGCCGGCCCCCAACUUUGCCAUGCCUGUCACGGUGCCUGUAUCCAGUCAGAGUUCACUGCAGUUCAGCAACCCCAGCGGCUCCCUGGUCACCCCUUCCCUGGUGACGUCAUCCCUCACAGACCCACGGCUCCUGUCCCCCCAGCAGCCGGCGCUGCAGAGGAACAGUGUGUCUCCGGGCCUGCCCCAGCGGCCGGCCAGCGCAGGGGCCAUGCUGGGAGGAGACCUCAACAGUGCUAACGGAGCCUGCCCCAGCCCUGUCGGGAAUGGCUACGGCAGUGCUCGGGCUUCCCCCGGUCUCCUCCCUGUGGCCAACGGCAACAGUCUCAACAAGGGCAUCCCCGCCAAGUCUCCGCCCCCGCCCACCCACAGCGCCCAGCUUGGAGCCCCCAGCCGCAAGCCCGACCUGCGGGUCAUCACUUCCCAGGGAGGAAAGGGGUUGAUGCAUCACUUGACUGAGGACCAUUUAGAUCUGAACAAUGCCCAGCGCCUUGGGGCCUCCCAGUCUACCCACUCACUCACCACGCCAGUGGUUUCCGUGGCAACACCGAGUUUACUCAGCCAGGGCCUCCCCUUCUCCUCUAUGCCCACUGCCUACAACACAGAUUACCAGCUGAGCAGUGCCGAGCUCUCCUCCCUCCCAACCUUCAGCUCGCCCGGGGGGCUGUCGCUAGGCAGCGUCACCGCCUGGCCGCAGCCCGCGCAACAGCCCCAGCCGCCGCAGCCGCCCCAGCCGCCGCAGCCGCAGCCCCAGCCGCAGCCCCAGCCGCAGCCCCAUCUGGUCCCCGUGUCUCUCAGCAGCCUGAUCCCGGGCAGCCCUCUGCCCCACGUGGGGGCCGCCCUGACUGUCACCACCCACCCCCACAUCAGCAUCAAGUCAGAGCCGGUGUCCCCCAGCCGGGAGCGCAGCCCUGCGCCACCCCCUCCAGCUGUGUUCCCGGCCGCCCGCCCGGAGCCUGGUGAUGGCCUCAGCAGCCCUGCCAGCGGCUCCUACGAGACCGGGGACCGGGACGACGGACGGGGGGACUUCGGGCCCACGCUGGGCCUGCUGCGCCCAGCCCAGGAGCCUGAGGCUGAGGGCCCCGCUGUGAAGAGGAUGCGGCUUGACACCUGGACAUUAAAGUGACGAUUCCCACUCCCCUCCUCUCAGCCUCCCUGACGAAGAGUUGACAAUCUCACCGCCCACCCCUCCCCGCCCUGGGCUCCUCCCGCUCGACCCCCACUUCCUUUUGUGCUCCGUGUCCUGUUGACGGUUACAUUUGUGUAUAAUUAUUAUAUUAUUAUUAUUAUUAUUAUAUUUUUUUUAAUUUGGAUUCUCGCUUUGGAGAGGAGGACGCUCCCGUCCCCUCUUUCUGCACCCCCUGCCAUUUUCCUGGCUGGGGGGGCUGUUUUUUGCGGGCAGGGGGGGACACUUUGCACGUUGUACACAUAUGCUGCAGGAGGGGGUGGGGAGCCUGAUAGGCCUUUGGGACAGGACAGGUGCAAGCCCUGCAUGCGGAGCCCUCCCACCCCAUCCCCCAGAUAGAGGGAAAUAACCAAACAACCUACCAAGCAACAAAACCCCUUACAAUAGACUGAAACCCCGAAGUCGGCUUGAUGGGCGGGUUCGUGUUCUGGGGGAAGUGAGGCACAGGUUCUGAGAGGGUCUCUGCGUCUGGGCUGCUCCCGUGGUCACAGGCUCUUGGGGUGAAAUACCCAAGCCUGGCCCCCUGAGGCCCCUGAGGCCCCUGCGCACACAGCACUCUCACGGAUUCUUGCGUGAGCUGCACCCCAAGGUGUGGGGGUGCCAGCCAAGCUUCUGGGCUGGGAAGGCUGCCUGGGAUUCUGAGGCUGGGGGCAGGGUUUGAGGUGGGGGCCCCUCAGAAGCACAUUUGGAGAGAGAGACGGAGAGCCACGAGGAGGGGCCGAGAGCACGGUGAGGGGUGAAUCAGGGCCCCCUUCCUUCCCUCGCAGUGUCUCUAAGAUAUACAGUGCAAUAGCUCCCUGUCCCUCGGCUGACACCAGCCCCAGAAAGCAGGCUACAGAGUGCAGGGGGACGGGGAGGGGAGACAGCCCCAGGGAGGUAGCUGAGCAGGCCCGGAGCCCUGGAGUCCAGGGGCAAGCGUGAGUGGGGGCUCGCUCUUCCUUGCACGGACACAUCCCCGCAGGAGGGACACGGGGGUGGCACGAGGGUGGGAGGCCCGAGGGUGGGAGGCCCGUCUGCCUCCUUUCCCCCUGGGCCUUCCCCAGCCCCCUCCCAGCUCCUCCCGCCCCUGACCCCACCUUCCUGCUCCGGGCGUCCCCCUGGUCGGCUACCUCCUGUCCCAACACCCCCAGCCGCAGCCCACCUUCCCUCUUGGCUACUGUAAUUGUAAAUAGCAACCUUUGGAAAACGUUAGCAGUGUAACAGUCCAGGAAACUGGGUUUUUUUGUUGUUGUUGUAUUGAUAUGAAAUGAGAUUCUAUUUUUGUCAAAGUAUAUUGUAAUAAUAAUGACUCAAGCGGCCGUACUGUACAGAUGACACUCUUCUGCUGUUGUUCUUGCCCCCUUCCCGCCCCUCCACACCCCUCUCUGCUGCCACCCGUGGGGUCUGGGACUUCAGGCUGGACCACAGAUCAAACUGGAGGGGGCAGGCCCCCAGCCUGCCAUCCGGAGGGGUCUGGCCGGAGCGGGCAGGUGGCAUGUGCAGGCCGACGGGGGUCUGCCCCAGCCCUUCACCUGCACCCAGCUCGCUCCCUGGGGGUGUCGCCCCACUGGGACAGUAGACAGUAGACAAGGCCCAGCUUAGCGGUCCUGCCUCUGUGACCCAGCCGCUCGCAGUAUUCCGACACUUGACGCAGGUUAGGAGCCAGAGGCAGGGGUGUGUGAGACCACACGUGUCCCCGAGCAUGCUUAUGAGGGCAUCCGCUAUUUGUGUGUGUGUCUGAGCCCGUCGGGGCCUAUGCACGAAUCUGUGUGAGUCGAGCUCCGAGGGCAUGUCCUUGUGUGCGUGCCUGGGUGUUUGCGGAGGGACCGGUGGCCGUUGUGCUGCACAACCCUGGCUUCCAGCUCCACGCCCCUCCGGCUUGGUGCCUGCCGCCAUCCCUGCCCCUGCCCCAGCCCACCCUCUGCUUUGACAGGUUUGGACCACAGUUGGGGUCUGGCAGUUGCCCCCUUUGCUUCUCCCUGGGACCCUGCCUCUCCUGGGCUCCACACACAAGGGGCUACCCGGUCCCCGGUCCUUUGCACACACGCAGCCCCCCUUCCUGCUCUUCCCCUACCCCAGUCCUGCUUUCAGGGUGACACUCGUGUUCCUACUCCUUCUUGAAGCUUUUUUGUCUGGGCCGUGAUCCUUCCUUACUCAGAGUUUAAGCCCCACCUGCUGAUUGGGCACACAGCAUGUCCCAGCCUGCUUGGCGGGUUCCUAGAGGGAGUUCCAGUCGAGGAGACUUGAUCAGGGCCUUGAAGUUCGCCAGGGUAUAGUCUUGCGCUCGCCUGCGUCCCCAGCGCCUUGCCCAGUGUCGGCCGCACGAUGCUGAAUGGGUGUGUGAUGGGUGCUCAACAAAGCUCGAGUGACUGCUUUCCCUUCUCAGGCUGUUCUGCCAGCAGUCCGCCCACCUUUGGAAGCUGGCUUGGCCACCACUAGACACGCGGUGGGGACACAAGCCGCUGCGGUUCACGGUGCAAUAUUCACCAGUUUUGCCCUCUGCCUUCGAAUGGCAAACCUGGCUUUUGAUUACCGUGUGUGUGUGUGUGUGUGUGUGUGUGUCUGUCUGUCUGUCUGUCUGUCUGUCUUCUCUCUCCCUGGGGACAGGGGGGUGGGUCUGUGAAUAUGUGACUUUUCUGCAAUUCAGUAUCCCAAGGUUUCUCUUGGGGGUAGGGGCUCCUGGCUGGCCAGACGCAUGGGUCCCUGGGAACCCAGACCUCAAGGCGGGGUGGGGGGGGGGCUUCAUUUCUUCCUCUCACAAAGCCAAAUUUGCCUCCACCUACUCCUUCCUCCUAAGAACUGGGCGUUUGCCAAAGUAAUCACUGGAGUCAUCCCAUGCCCCUCCCCUCCCCAGCCUUCCCACAGCUUUCAGGGACAGUGGGCAAGAGGACCCUCCCAUUCCACUGGGACGCACCAUUUUCCCUCCCCCCGCCCCCAGCAGUGUGCUCAAUGCAGCGAGACUGACCCCUGACCUUUACCCAGCCCUCCCCACCUUGGACAGGAAGGAAUUCAUGCACCUUCUCUUGAUGAUUAUUUAUUUGUUUGGAGAGACAGAAAUGAUGUAAAAGUGUAUCUAGAAAUAUCUAUAUCUAUAUAUUUUUAACUGACUCUUUGGAAUCCCCUGGGGUGGGGCGGGGGUGAAUUUGGGCUUUUGUGGAGGAGAGACCUGGAGCCUGGGAACUCCUGUCCUCUCCUCUGCCACCUCUGUCCACCCCCUAAGCGAUGGUGGAAGGCGUGGGAUCUGUGUGGGGCCAGGGGGCUGGAAUGUUCUGUGGAGAAUCUGGAUUCUCUUUGUCUUCCCCAUUCAAGCCCCAGAGGGAAGGGGGAGAGGGAGGGGAGGCCUGGAGGUGCCCCCCCAAACCCGACAAUCACCCCCACUCCUGGGGCUGCUCCUGGGUCCUGGGCAGGGCGAGUCCAAGUGUGGCUGUUGAUUCGUUUUCAAUAUUUCUUUCCGUGCUGUACGGUGAUGCUUUCUUAGUAUUCUACACAGUAAGAAGACAAAGUCCUCGGGAUUCUUACGAGUUUUGUUUGAAAACUCUUUCACUAUAUUUGUUGUAAAGAGGUUUACUAUUAAAAGAAAAAAAAUACACGUUUCUGAUACUCGGG